AUGAUUGCAAUCGGCGGCAUCAUCGGCACAGGCCUCUUCGUCGGCGCAGGCCAGGCCCUCGCCGUCUCCGGGCCUCUGUCCCUGUUCCUCGCCUAUCUCAUCAUCUGCUUCUUCGUCUACGGCGCCAUGACGACAGUCGUGUCAGUCGGCACCUAUCUCCCCCUCGAAGGGUGCUCCAUGGCGGCGUACGCGUCCCGCUACGUCUCCAAGAGCCUGGGCUUCGCGAUGGGCUGGCUGUACUGGUACUCCUUCGGCAUCAUCGUCGCGUACGAGAUCACGGCCGCCGCGCUUGUGAUUUCGUACUGGCCCAACGACGUGCACAUCGCCGUCUGGCUGACGAUCAUGUUCCUGGUCAUCUUGGGGCUGAAUCUGAUGCCGGUGAAGUUCUAUGCGGAGUCCGAGUUCUGGUUUGCGAGCUUGAAGGUGUUGAUGAUUCUGGGGCUGAUCUUGUUCGCGUUCAUCCUCUGCGUCGGAGGCGGUCCGGAUGGCAGGAGAUUGGGGUUCGCGUACUGGAGGGACCCCGGGGCCAUGAACGAGUACCUCGUGGAAGGCUCUGCGGGGAGGCUGUGCGGGUUCGUCUACGCGCUCACGUUCUCGAUGUUCUCGUUCGUGUUCGGGCCGGAGAUGAUCGUUCUGACGAGCGGGGAGAUGAGGUCUCCGAGAAAAGACCUACCGAGGGCCGCGAACAGCUUCAUAUGGAGGCUCAUCUUCUUUUACGUCCUGGGGGCGCUGGCAAUCGGCGUGAUCUGUCGAAGCGAUGCUCCUGGCCUGACGAGCGGGGGCUACGGAGCCGCAGCUUCGCCGUGGACGAUUGCGAUCAAGGAGGCCGGUAUCCGCGCCCUGGACAGCGUCAUCAACGCGGGUAUCAUCUUGUCGGCUUGGUCGUCUGGUAACUCGUACCUGUACAUGUCGAGUCGGAGCCUGUACUCGAUGUCUCGGGAGGGCAUCGCGCCGGAGAUCUUUGGCCGGACGAAUCGGUGGGGUGUGCCCGUCAACGCGAUUCUGGCGAGCGCGUCGUACUCGCUCCUGUCAUACCUCAAUGUCAAGUCGGCGACGAGUUCGGUCUUCAACUGGUUCAUCAACCUUACCAACACGGCGGGCUUCAUCUCCUGGAUCUGCUGCUGCAUCAUCUUCCUCCGGUUUAACAAGGCUUGCAAGACGCAAGCUGUGACCAAGGUGCCGUUCGCCUCGCGGUUCCAACCAAUCGUGGCGUGGAUCUGUCUUGUGUUCUUCGUCAUGCUCUGCUUUUUGAACGGCUUCUCGGUCUUCUUCCCGGGGCAGUGGUCGAUUGAGUCUUUCAUGACGGCGUAUGUGGGAAUCCCGGCAUUCCUCAUCAUCUACUUCAUUCACAGGGCGCUCAAUUGGAGAGACCCCUGGGCCCAUCCCUCUGCGGAGGUAGACCUGCACACUGGCCUGGAUGUGGUUGAGGCAUUGGAGCACGAGGAUGCAAAGGAACAAGCGAUACAUCGAGAAGAGAGAUCGAGGGGUAUGAAGUCCUGGCUAAGGCAUGCGUUGAAGGUUCUUGGGUGA